AUGGUUCCUUGUGGCCUUCUGCCGACAAAGUUCAUCGAUUGUGAGCACUGUGGUAAAGCACUGAAAAAUAAUAAACCACGUAUCCGAAAAGGAGCUCAAAAAGGUUGGCAAGGCAAUGUAAAACGACCAAACACCGAUACACGGAAGGCAGCUCCAAACACAUUUAUAGAAUAUAUAGAUUUGAUACUCUUUGUGCCAUUUAGAAGUUUGGGAGUGUUUGCUCUUUGGAAGUGCUGGCCAUUUAAAGAGACAACAAUCAUAGAUGACAUAGGGGAAGCUUCAGGUUUACCUUUGCUAGCAAGGGUAACAUUGAUGUUAUGGGGAGUUUUGAACUUUUUGCCUUUUGGAAACAAUGGCCAUCUAAAGGCGAAAGCAAACCGGUUUUACCAUUGACUCUCAAAGAUGAUGAAAUGAGAAGUAUAGAAGACAAAAUGGCAGAACAGAAACGAAAGUUUGAACAAAUGCUGGAGGGAAAGGAUGCCCAAAUUCGCGAAGGCCAGAAGAGGUUAAAGACUAUGGAAGGACAGGUGAUUGCCUUUCAAGAGUAUCUUAUACAUAAAGAUAACGACAUAAGCGA